AUGGGGAAGAGCAAGUGGAAGGGGCGCAAUCAGAGAAAAGAUUUCAAAGCAAAAAGGGAAGACUGGUGGGAUCCCAAGAUCACACGACGAGGGAAAAAUGAGGCAGACGGAUGGAGCAAGCACACUGUAGAAAAUGAAAUGUUCGAAGAGUAUUACAAAGAGCAGGGCAUCGUCCCUGAGGGGCAGUGGGAUUUGUUCAUGACCACUCUGCGGACGGACCUUCCCAUCACUUUCAGGAUCAAUGGAAAGGGAAAGUUUGCCGAGACACUGCAGAAGAGACUUGAGGAAGACAUCUUUUCAAAAGUCAAGGAGCUGCGCAAGGACACAUGCAAGCCUCCCCAUAAGUUAGAGUGGUAUCCUGGUGGCUUGGCCUAUCGCCUGGACAUGUCCAGGAAUGAUUUGAGAAAGGAUCCUGUGCUGAGUCAAAUCCAUGAGUUCAUGAAGAGGGAGAAUGAUGUUGGAAGUAUCAGCCGCCAAGAAGCAGUGUCUAUGCUGCCGCCCUUGCUUCUUGACGUCCAGCCUCAUCACAAGGUUCUUGACAUGUGUGCUGCCCCUGGAUCGAAGACGUUUCAGUUGUUGGAGAUGUUGCAUGCUGGUGAGCCGACUGCACCACCUACGGGCUUUGUGAUUGCAAACGAUGCUGAUUUUCAGAGGUGCAACCUGCUUGUUCAUCAGAUAAAGAGGGUCUGCAGCCCCGCUCUCGUCAUCACAACCCACGAUGCUGCCCAUUACCCAUAUCCCAAGCCGAGGAGGCGAGAGCAACAGCCCCUACUGGAUUUUGAUCGUGUGCUGUGUGAUGUCCCCUGCAGUGGGGAUGGCACCUUGCGGAAAGCACCGGACAUUUGGAGUAGAUGGACUCCGUAUGAUGGGAAUGGGAAUCACAACCUGCAGCUGCGAAUUGCGCUCCGAGCAUGCAAAGUCCUGAAGGUAGGGGGACGCAUGGUGUAUUCAACUUGCUCAUUAAACCCUGUUGAGAACGAAGCUGUUGUGGCCGAUGUGCUUCGCCGCGUGGGUGGGUGCAUGGAACUUCUGGACGUUUCAGACAGUCUUCCUGGCUUAAAGACACGCCCUGGUUUGAAGACUUGGAAAGUGAGAGACAAGGACAGGUGGUACAGUGACUGGAAAGCCGUGGAAGCCUUUGAAAAUGAAAUGGGAAAGGGACCGUCGACCAUUGUGGACCCAACUAUGUUUCCAGAUGCCCUUUCCGAUGCCAUGCCCCUUGAACGCUGCUUGAGGUUGCUGCCAUUCGAUGGGGAUACUGGUGGCUUUUUUGUUGCUGUCCUCAAGAAGGUGGCGCCACUGGGUGUGGUGGACUACCCCACGAUUGAGCACAGAAAAUCCAAAAAAGACAAACGCAAUGCGCCUGUGUCUCAACACAAAGCAGAAAGCAGAUCUGCGAAGCCAAAUGACACUAUGAGGGCAGACAGAGGCCCACCAUCUUCAAAGGACACAACUGCUGCGGGCGUGCCUUCAUCAGUGGAGGUACGGGAUGGAGAGGUGUCUUGCACUGAAGCUGAACCUGGCCAGCCCAGCAGCACAACAAGGGCUGAGGAGCCCAAGGGGGAGCCCGCCGAUGGGACUUGCGGUGAUGUGAAACCUCCUGCAUUGGUGGAUAAGGAAGAAAGGGAGGCUGCAGGAUCGCAAUACGGUUCGGUGGAUCAGGCUGCUGAUGGUGGUGGGGAGAUCGGUGGAAAGAAAGGAGGCAAUGUGGUUAUGGAGGAGGCUGGUGCCCAGCCCAUAGCUGUGGCAGAAAAGGAGGGCGCUCAAUGGGUUCGUUCACCAAAUCAUAAGCAGGGCAAAUGGCCAGGUGUAGAUGGCAUCUUUACCAUGGACGAUCACUGGAUGGUGAAGCAAGUGCAACAGUUUUAUGGUAUUGAUGCUGUGGAUCUUUCAGCACACCUGAUUACUCGCGCCAACAGCAAUGAUGCUCCCAGAAAGAUCUACUUUGUGAGCAAGGCAGUGCGUGACCUGCUUGACGUUGAUGCAGAGAAUUUCCUCAGGAUGCCUGUGCUGGGAUUGAAGAUGUUUGACCGCCACUACCAAACGAGCACGGGCAUCCCUUGCGUGUACAGACUGUCCCAGGAAGGCCUGCCUGUCAUCCUCCCUCACAUCACCAAGCAGGUGGUUCAUCUGCAUGUGAGGGACAUGCUGAGAGUGCUGGAAGAGCGCUCAGUCCCGCUGCCACGCGACCUACCUGAUCCAGGCUUCCCUGAGGGAAAGGAAGCGGAGCUCAACUUCGGGACACCCAAGAGCCCCAUACUCGACGAUCAGGCAACCCUGGAACAGCUCAAGGUGACACAGCAUGGAGGGUGCGUGCUGAUGCUGAGGGACGAGCAGGCUGUGGCUCUCGGCUUGCCACUGUCAUCAGAGGCAAAAGGGGGCCUGACAGCCAACUGCCCGGUCGCCGUCGCCUGCUGGCGCGACCGCCUGUCGCUGAAUGUCAUGGUGAAAAAGCCCGAGUGCCUGGUCUUCGCCGAGAGGCUGCGGGAGGGCAUGGCGCGUGCUGGAAUGCCAGAAGCCUCCCGCCCGACAGGUGGGAGCAGUGCCGAGAAAUCGGGCUGCGGCUUGGAACCUGGAACCGACGGCAAAGGCGUCACAUGCAUGGAUGAAGAUGGGGCCGAAGACGUGGGUGCAAAGAAGAGGGAGCACGAGGGACUGGAGGGCACGGGCGAUAGGGUGGGCCGCGCAGAAAGGGAGAAGAAGCUGAAAUCGGACCACGAAUAG